CGCAGGCGCAAAUUGACCUUUCGGUUGAAGAACCCGUCGGUCACAUGUGAGUGUCGAUAAAUAUCUUAAUAUUAUCGUGAGACCCUUUUAUACAGUUCAUAUUACCUUUUUCAUCACUCCUGACCGUAGUUGCACUCAAUAGACAACAAAAUGGGUGACAUCGAAGAUACACAUUUCGAGACCGGGGACUCCGGUGCUUCGGCCACCUUCCCCAUGCAGUGCUCUGCUCUGCGCAAGAACGGCUUCGUGAUGUUGAAGGGGCGUCCCUGCAAGAUUGUGGAGAUGUCCACUUCCAAGACCGGUAAACACGGCCACGCUAAGGUUCACUUGGUCGGAAUUGAUAUCUUCAAUGGCAAGAAGUAUGAAGAUAUCUGCCCCUCUACUCACAACAUGGACGUACCCCACGUUAAGCGCGAGGAUUACCAACUUACUGACAUUUCUGACGAUGGCUACCUCACUCUUAUGGCUGAUAACGGUGACCUGCGCGAGGACUUGAAGAUUCCGGACGGGGACCUCGGUGCCCAGCUGCGUUCCGACUUCGACAGCGGCAAAGAAUUGUUGUGCACCGUGCUCAAAUCCUGCGGUGAGGAGUGUGUGAUCGCAGUGAAGGCAAACACAGCUCUCGACAAAUAAACCAACUCAGCAUUUAUAGGGAGUAACAAGCGUAUAAUUUUUUUACAAUCAACUCUACAUAAAUGUAAAACAUAAUAUUAUGUAUAAUUUAACGUAAAAUAUUGUGGUUUGGCGCGGAGCUCGCGAUUUACUCUCCGAACGUUAGCUGUCUCGCAUUAUAUUAGCAAUAAUCAUAGCGAUCGUGUCGACAAUACGGUUGUUUUGUUGUAAGGAAUACAUAUCUAGAGAUACGUGAGUUAUUAACUAGUCGUAUGUCUCUAGUCCUUAUACUAAAAAUCUCAGGCCUCUCACUCUAUCACCAACGGGUGGAACUGACAGAUUCUUAGUACAGGGAGACACUGGCUGGCCGACAUUGUUACCCCGAGUGUACGAUUAUUGCGCAUAAAUGGAAUAUUGUAACUUAUGAAAUGUUUAACCGGAAGCGAAUAUAAUGUCAUAUGUUAAUUUAUUUAUAUUAAGUUUAAUAUAACUCCGUUUGUGAAAGCGCCAGUGAAGUUGCACAUGAGCUCCGAGUAUUGAUUACAUCUGCAUUGUGCCGUGAAUAAAUAUGGCUGGAGCUAGUGCGCAAUACAGUGGCGCGUUCAGACUCGGAUCGACGGGCCGGCGUCCGGCUCAGUCCGGCUCAGUCUGGCUCAGUCAGGCGGCCGGCAGCGCUGCAGCGCCGGGACGAGAGUGUGGGAGUGCCGCGCGGAAACUUCACGUUUGUUUUGUUUUGUUUGUUCUCUUUUCGCUUAACGUCUACUCAGUGUCAUCUUCAUGUUGCGCUCCGCGAGCGGCCGACCGUCGUAGACCGAUAUCGGCUAAGCUCCGUGUAGUUUGAUAAUAAAUGUUUUAUAGUCGUUUGUAAACUGACGUAAGGAGGACGCAAACUUGAAGUUAUUACCAUAUUUUAAUGCUAAAUUAAUCAAUACAUAUAAAAUCAAGAAAACAAACAAAAAAAAAAAUAGAAAUAAAUAAAAUUCUUGAAUGUGGUGUGUGAUUGAUUAGUCCUUUGGGCCAGUGUCAUGUAUUUGACGCGGUCCCGUAUCGCCGAGAGUGAGCGCACGUCGUGCCCGCCUCUGCGUUGUAUCCCUUUGUGUAACACUUGCCAUCUGUUCAAA